AUGAGUCUCUGCGUUGACCAGGUGCUGCAUUAUCAUUUGCGCUUCUAUCAGCUGCUCGGCUUGCACGGUCUGCCGUUGUCGGGUGACGUGUAUCUAGAACGAAACUCGAGGGUAUUGCGUCUCUGGGGUGGCUGCCUGCUGAUAAGCUUCAGUGGAGUUGCACUCCUGUGUCUGAUCAGUGACGAUGCGUACCUUUACCCGGACGAUGGCUUUGGAUAUUUCAAUGAUGCCAUGAAGUAUGGAUUUGCUGAACUGGCAGUGCUGAGCAUCUAUGUGGAGACGAUGUGGCAACGUUCCCACCAGGCACGCUUCUGGAAACUGUACGCAGAACUUGCCACAACGACAACGCCAACGCCAACGCCUCCAUUGGGCAAUGUAGGAAUACUGAUGAAACGGCAUCGUCGGUACCUUAUCGCCUUCUAUGGAACUUUGCUGACGGAGAUGGUGCUGCUGGGCAUGUUUGUCUGCCUGCAGGAUAUCACUCGUAAUCUUCUACUGUUUUGGACCACUUUUCAGCCGUUUGUGUUUGUGGUGCACUUGCGAAACACACAGUUUGUGCUGCACCUGGAGGUGGUCCGCCAGCAAAUCCGCCAGUUGGAUUCGGAGCUGGCGCUGUUGGUCGAGUACUCAGGCUUUGCCAGCGGUGCGGCCAGUUUUCCCGGUUUCGAAGAUUAUCUAAGGAGACAACUGCGUGAGAAGCAGCUAAUCUAUGAGCGCAUCUACGAGCUGUGCUUCAGCUUCAGGAGGUCUUUUAGCUACUCCAUGCUCACCGUUCUGCUUAUGAUCUAUAUACGCAUCGCAGUCGAUUGCUAUUUUAUGUUAUACACGGUCCACAAUAAUAUUAACAAUAUUGACUACUUUCUAAUACUGCCAGCGGUCCUGCACGUAGUUGUCCUCAUCUACGCAUCCCAGAGUUGCAUGCAGAUGGUGCCUCGGAUUGCCUAUCAGCUACACAAUAUCGUGGCCAACUCUCCAGCCCUGUCCCUUCAGAUUCAAAACUUUUCACUACAGAUGCUACAUGAACCGGUGCGUAUUGAUUGCCUUGGCAUAAUCAUCUUAGACAGUCAUCUGUUAACACGGACUGCGUGCGCCGUUAGCACAUACAUGAUUUAUACCACACAACUUAUGCCCAAGUUGAGUGGUCCCUCUGAAUAACAUAAUUCAAUUCAAUUCGAUUCGAUUCGAUUGAGAAGGAGAAGCGCAAGCGACAUUGAUCAAUGUGGUAUAUUAUA